AUGUCAGGUGGGGUUGGUCCAACUUGCAAUGACAUAAGCCUGCCAAAAGAACAAGAACACGAAUUCAAAGAACACCAUGACCCAGCUUCCUCAAAGCUCAGCACCCGCCAAAAUCCCCCAGCCCAACGCAAACCCGGUUUGUUCUCCUUCCGGCAGCUCAACGCCCUGGCAGUCAUCGUUGUCCUCGCGGCCAGCGGCAUGGUAAGCCCUACAGACUUUGCUUUCGUUCUCUUCUCCAUGAUCUACAUCCACUUCAUUUCCAAAGUUGCUUUCCCCACAACCGUCAAUUCUCCUAAAGACCCCGCAGUGUUUAACCCUCAAAACAAGAUUCUGCGCCUCUAUGUUCUCGUGGGAGCCAUCGUAGGCCUUUUGCUCCCCAUAGCUUAUAUACUUGAGGGCAUUGUGGAGGGUGACAAAGAAGGCAUCAGCGCUGCUUCCCCACAUGUUUUCCUUCUUGCCAGUCAAGUGUUCAUGGAAGGAGUGGCUUUCACUGACAGGUUUUCGACCCCAAUACGCGUUUUCGUGCCGGUUUUCUAUAAUUCCAGGAGGAUUUUCACCAUUGUGGAGUGGCUCAGAAGUGAGUUUUCCAAAGAGUAUGAAGAGUAUGGUGGAUCUGCAAAGAGAUUGUAUCUUGGGAGAGGGCUUGCAACUGCUAACAUGGCCUUUUGGUGCUUCAACCUUUUUGGGUUCUUAUUGCCUGUUUAUCUUCCUAGAGCUUUCAAGAAAUAUUACUCUCUGCAAAAAGUGAAAGAAUAUUGA